AUGCAGCCCACUACCGCUACCCUUCUUCCUUCUCCCAUGCUCGACGGGUUCGAGUCCUUCUCGGUCAACGCCGAGUCGUCUUCGGCCCGGCGCCAGCGCAUCUCUAUGGCUUGCCAGUACUGUCGUCACCGUAAAAUCCGAUGCUGUGGAGGCGCACCUUGCCGCAACUGCACUCGAUCAGGUCGGCAGUGCGAGUACACCCCCGUCCCGGAGGAGGUCAACCGCGCUACGCGUGAGAAGAAGGCCUUGUCCAAGACCGUCAAGCCCGCUCCUUCACCAGCCACUCCUUCCAUCCCCACCUUCAGCUACAAUGCUCUCCCCGUCCCAUCCCCCAUGCCGGCCUACUCUCCCUACUUCCUCGAUGUACCUACAUUCGACAUGCCUUACAUCGCUACCGCCCCCGCGCCCGUCAUGGCCACUCCCUCGCGCCCUGCCUACCAGUCCCACCGUCGGACCAGCUCGGCGCCUAGCUACGAGUCGGCAUCGUGGACCCACCCUCCCUCUGCCCCUCUCCUCAACUCUCCCGCUCAGCUCGAGAGCUCGGCAUGGAUGUACAACGGAUGGUCGGCGGCCCUGCCUGUUCCCAGCCUCGAGGUCCCCGCCCCGGCUCCUGCACCCGUCUCGGCGCCGUACACCCCAAGCCGCGCCUUCCCCUCGGUGCUCGAGCAGACCCCCUACCAUAAUGCCUACCUCGCUGCCCCCCCCGUCACUCCGGUCCACACUCAGCACUAUCAGAUGAUGUCGACCCCCAUGCCCUCGGUCCCAACCAUGUCCUCUCUCCCCCUCACACCUCCCGAGUCUCGCGGCAGCUCGAUGGAAGCCGAGUACCCCUCAGCCUACGUUCCCAUGUCGACCCCCUCCACCUCGGCAGCGCCUUCCCACCUCCGCCCACCACCCCUCAGCUUCAAGGGUCUCGGGAUCCAGGUCAACUCGAGCCUCGCUACGGCCUCGUACCCCUACUCCUCCCCUCCCGUUACGCCCACCACCUACUACACCCCUCACUCCACCCCCUCGCUCUACUCUUCCGGGUCAUCUAGCGGUCAGCCCACCCUCUACACCCCCUCACCACCCUCUUACGAGGUCUCGCCCACUCUUGCACCUGAGAUGCCCAGCACCGACCGAAAGGCGCCAGAGCAGUUGAUGGGUUUGGGGAUCGGCAUGGGCCUUGGGAUGCCAAUGGUGGAGCACGACGUGUUCUACACGCCGGUCAUGGGGAACCAGGAGUACUUUGCCAACUAUCAAAUGUAG